GGUAUUUCGUUAGUACCUUUGCACUGUUGGGACUUGGGAGUCGACACGUUUCAGACCUAGUGAUACAUCCUAUUGGAGUCAGAAAUCUGUGAAAAGGUUUCCCGCUUUCACUAUGGAAAUUGUUUUCCAAGAGGUCAAAUUUCGCACUCUCAGGCAUGCAUUUCCUUGCUAUUUGAGACAUCCAAUAGAAUUUUUGUGCAAGUUUAACGGAGCAUUUUCUAUGGAGCUCCUAUAGCAAAUGAGCCACUAUAUUUCAAGCCCACUCUAAUUCAAGUUUUCAACAAUAUUUUCUAUAGUUACUCAACUUGUAUGGGAAAAGAAAAUUGAUGUGGGACUUCAAUCUUACGUUGUAGUGAGAUGUCAACCUGAAUUAUUAGUGAAAUGCAAAUUUCAAGCUCCUGUCGCAUAAGGGAAAUGCAUUUACCUAUAUUAUUUUCACAAUAUUGUCUUAUUCAAAGUCAACUAAGAAAAGUUUACUGUUUGCUAGUUUAACAGUAGUGUGGACCUUUGCACAUUUCAGUCAAACUAUGUAUACUUCAUUGAAAUUAGUCUUCCGACAUUAUCUUUGCUGGGAUAUUGACUUGUCUCCAGGAACAAAAAUACUUAGUACUUUAGUAGAAGAAAUCCAAAGCAUCAUGAUGUUGAUACUUAUCCUUAUUUAUAUUUUAAAUCUUGACUAAAACUAAAAUUAUUAAAUUAUCUAAUAAGAUUUUCUCAUGUGAUUCUUCGGCUCCGCUGUACUUGUGUUUGAACGAAAACUCACCUAUCAGUGUUCAGCUUUCACAUGUUCAAAAUCAUGGUGUUCACCUGUUUUCGCCUCGCUGGUUAUCUUUUACUACAUUUUUCACUGCCGUUGGGGCCAUGGUAUAAGGUCAAUUGUUUCUCUGAAUCAGUUUUUUUUUUUGAAAUUUAUUUCUCUGAAUGCUGAGUUAAUUCAUGAGAUAUCUUUAUUUCUCUGAAUGCUGAGUUAAGACAUGAGAUAUCUAUGGUCAGCUCCAUGUUGUACUACUCUGAUAGUCUGAUAAGGGCAUUGACAGGGUGAGCUCAGCUGCUGAAUGCAAACGGAUAGACUGGCAUUUCCGUUUUGAUGGAGCGUUUAUAUAUGAGGAGGUUAAGUAUCUUUCUAGGUGACUGGAGAUGAAGGGCUUAUUUGUUAUUAUAGAGUCAAUUUUUGCUUAACCAAUAUUUUGAUAGUGCCAAAGCCAUGACAAGUGUGAAACCAGCGUGAAGAAAAAAAUGUUAACAAACCAUACCUCCGUAUGACACUAUUUAAGUUGCUAGAAAUUAGAUAGAACAAAAAAAAUUGACAUCACUCCAAACAAGCUUGAAGUACCUUUUGUCAGUGAUUCUCUCGACGUUUUCUUCAUGUGUUAACAAUUGGCCAGCUUCAAUCUGCAGAUUUAGCAAGUACAUUGCUCCUUGUCCGUGCUGUAAACUUGAGAGGUUAUUUUUCUUCUGCUUUUGCUCAUGUUUAUUGGUGGAAUGGACGGUACUCUCUCUCUCUCUCUCUCAGCCUCAUAUGAGCCGUGUCUGCCUUUUGCCCUGGAUCUUGUUGGUCAUGCCGUGAGUUUGUAGCGAUAUCAGUGGUCAGUCUCAACUUCAAAGUGCAGUGAGCCUUUGAUGUCUUUCAGCAGGAUGGUUCCCCCUUCUCGGGCCUGCAUUUGCUGCAAAUGAGCUAGUUUUGCCCACAAACUGCCUAUUUUGCAGGUAGGCUAAUUUGUCUGAACAGUUGAUGUCUAAUAAAGCUUCAUCGUUAAGAGAGAGUUCGACCAGAGAUUUCAGCAGUCCUGGUUUCCACGAUAUACUGUUAAUAGGUUAUAGAAACUAUUUUCUACUAAAAUUCAGAUAAAAUUCAUGUGAUACAUUCCAAACGUGCAAACAAGAUGUCUAAGAGUUUCCUUGCUUUUAGUUAAGUCGUGAUUUUGUGACUUUGUAACUCGUACUCCCUCCGUCUCAACGAAUUUGGACAAAGGCUUAGUACAGGUUCAUUGUACUAGAAGGGGAUGUAACCCCCUCCGUCUUAACGAAUCUGGACAAAGGCUUUGUACAGGUUCAUUGUACUAGGAGGGGAGGGGUCACAUCCCCUCCUAAGAGCAAGGCUAAUACUUUAGCCGGCUGCUGGCUGAAUACUACUACCAUGUCAUCUAUAGCCAUCACUAGCCACACUAGUCCAGUGACUAUCGCUUCCUGAAUAGGGCACUUCUAGAUGUAUAUAUGUUUGAGAUAUAUGAUUCUGAUUUUUGUGUAUACAUGUCUGAGCAGGGGAGUGGAUUCUCACGCACCUGGUGGUUUACUUAAAUUUUUGAGGAAAACCACACCAAGAACUGAACAACAUGUGUGCAAUGGGAGUUCAUCGCAGCCAAUCAACGUUGGCGACGACUGCAAUGUUGGCGAUUGCGUUAGGACUGAAAAACGCUUGCCAUGGACAAAAGAGGAGGAUCUUAGAUUGGUCAGUGCUUGGUUGAAUAAUUCAAAUGAUCCAAUCCAAUCAAAUUACAAGAAGAAUGACCAAUAUUGGAAUGGUGUUGCUGCCGUCUACAACAACACCACCCCAAAAAACAGGGCUAGGCAGGUCAAGCAAGUCAAGGAUCGGUUUGGAAGAAUUAAAAAAAGGGUUGCAUGGUUUUGUGCUAGCUGGAAGGAGGCUAAUGCUUUGUGGGCUAGUGGUGAAUCUGAAGUGAAUUUGAUGGACAGGACAGUGAAAAGUUAUGAAGAAGAUCACAAAAAGGAUGGUCCAUUUAUGUUUAAGCAUUGUUGGGAUGUGCUUAGCAAGGAACCAAAAUGGGACGCCUAUUUGGAACGUUUAGAAGGUUUGGAGCCAGACAAGAGAAAGUUCAAUGUUGAGGAGGGUGUGGGGCAUCAUUUCUCUCUAGAUGAUGCUAGAGAUGAACGACCAAUAGGGGGCAAGCAAGCUAAGGAGCAGCAGAAACGAAAAAGAAAGGACCAGGCUAUUAUAGAUCUUGAAGAGGAAUUCCACAAGCUUGUAGAUGCUCAGAAUACAGCAAAUGAGGGCCACAAAGAGAUGCUAGAGACACAGAGGCGUGUGUCUAGUGAGAAUGUUGAAGCUCGAAAGCUUAAGUACCUUGCAGAAAAGGAACACAAGGAAUCAACCAUACUAGAAACAUACAAAUCGUUGAUGAUGCAAGAUACAACUGGGAUGCCUGAAGAUGUGAGAUCUGAGCGCAUGCUGGCAUUGAGGUGUUUCAGGGAGAAGUUAUUUGGCAAAACUGACUAAGGAUUGUGCUGUUGCUGGUUGUCGUGGGUGCUACUUACAAUGAAUGAAGGCUUUUGAGGCAAAUGGUUUGGAUGUUGCUUUCUACUGAAGUUUCAACUAAACUAUGGCUUGUUGUUUCUUUCUACUGAAGUUCCAACUAAGGCUCUAUGCCAUUAUCGUUGUUCAGCUCAAUAACUAAUGGUUUGUCUGCCAGAGAGCUUAUUUAGCAGUACUUUUGGUUAAUGUUUUCAGAAAGACUCAUGUAAUGUUUUAAGCGCCGGUGUCAUGGUGCUCAAAUCUCAUCAUAUCAUGCGUGCAAUGUUGCUUGAAAA